AUGGCUUUUUCCAGUUCCCGAAACCUACCACUUGUUCCUCUCCUUCUAAAUGUUUACAUUGUUCUGUGUGCUGCUGGUAACUUCAACCAAGACUUUCAGAUUACGUGGGGGGAUGGUCGUGCUAAAAUACUCGACAACGCCAAUCUUCUCACUCUGUCCCUUGACAAGGCCUCUGGCUCUGGCUUCCAGUCCAAGAACGAAUACUUGUUUGGCAAGAUUGAUAUGCAGCUCAAGCUCGUUCCUGGAAACUCUGCUGGCACUGUCACUGCUUAUUAUAUGUCAUCAAAGGGAUCAACAUGGGAUGAGAUUGACUUCGAGUUCCUUGGCAACCUGAGCGGUGAUCCUUACAUAGUUCAUACUAAUGUGUUCACACACAGCAGGGGCAACAGAGAGCAGCAAUUCUAUCUCUGGUUUGACCCAACUGCUGAUUUCCACACAUAUUCAAUUCUCUGGAAUCCCCAGCGCAUUGUAUUUUCUGUGGAUGGAACCCCCAUCAGAGAGUACAAGAAUUUGGAAUCAAUUGGGGUUCCUUUUCCAAAGAGCCAACCCAUGAGGAUAUACUCAAGCCUUUGGAACGCUGAUGAUUGGGCCACAAGGGGUGGACUCAUCAAAACUGAUUGGUCCAAAGCUCCUUUCACUGCUUCCUACAGGAACUUCAAUGCCAAUGCUUGUGUUUGGAAUGCAGGAAAAUCUUCAUGCAAUUCAAAUUCACCUUCCUCUGCUGCGUCUGGUUCUAAUGCAUGGCUAUCACAAGAGCUGGAUUCAACUGCUCAGAAGAGGUUGAACUGGGUGCAGAAGAAUUACAUGAUUUACAAUUACUGCACGGAUAUGAAAAGAUUUACUCAAGGCCUUCCGGUUGAAUGCACACACUCCUAG